AUGAAUUAUGGGAAGUGGGAGGAAACGGAGCCUCACGAGGGGAAGAGGAAAGUGGAGUCUCUGUGGCCCAUCUUCAGGAUCCACCACCAGAAGACCCGCUACAUCUUUGACCUCUUUUACAAACGGAAAGCCAUAAGCAGAGAGUUGUAUGAGUACUGUAUCAGAGAAGGCUAUGCUGACAAAAACCUGAUCGCAAAGUGGAAGAAGCAGGGCUACGAGAACCUGUGCUGCCUACGCUGCAUCCAGACCCGGGACACCAACUUCGGCACCAACUGCAUCUGCCGAGUUCCCAAGAGCAAGCUGGAAGUGGGCCGUAUCAUUGAGUGCACGCACUGCGGCUGCCGGGCUUGCUCCGGUUGA